AUGUUAUUUACCGUACUCGGAGUUAUUGCUCUCUUCUUGAGAGAAAGAAACACCAACGCCACUGUUUCAGGUCAAGCUGAAGAAGAGGACCAACAUGAUGUACCACCCUUGAGGAACAGUGACGGUCGAGAAAUCGAUGACUGGUGUAAAGAACCAUCACUGGUAGAGCCUGUCAGUGUUCACAGUGAAGAACAAUCACUGUUAGAGCCUGUCAGUGUUCACAGUGAGCAACCAUCACUGGUAGAGCCUGACAGUGUAAACGGUGAAGAACCAUCACUGGUAGAGCCUGACAGUGUUCACGGUGAAGAACUACCACUGGUAGAGCCUGACAGUGUUCACGGUGAAGAACCAUCACUGGUAGAGCCUGACAGUGUUCACGGUGAAGAACUACCACUGGUAGAGCCUGACAGUGUUCACGGUGAAGAACCAUCACUGGGAGAGCCUGACAGUGUUCACAGUGAGGAACCAUCACUGGUAGAGCCUGACAGUGUUCACGGUGAAGAACUACCACUGGUAGAGCCUGACAGUGUUCACGGUGAAGAACUACCACUGGUAGAGCCUGACAGUGUUCACGGUGAAGAACCAUCACUGGGAGAGCCUGACAGUGUUCUCAGUGAGGAACCAUCACUGGUAGAGCCUGACAGUGUUCACGGUGAAGAACUACCACUGGUAGAGCCUGACAGUGUUCACAGUGAGGAAUUUUUCUCUGCUGAGUCUGGCUGUGGGGAUGAUAAUCCUUUAUUUGAUUUCUCUGAUGAGCCCGGCUCCUGUGAUGACGUUGUUCAAGAUGCAACCUGUCAGACAGAGGACAAAGAGACACAAAUCAUUGAGAUCAACUCAAAGUGCUAUGAAAUAGCAGCUGAGCUGGGUGAAGGAGGCUGUGGAACCGUUUAUGAAGGGACCCGUUUAGGAGAUGGCCUUCAGGUGGCAGUAAAAGUGUCCGAUUUUAAGGAGAAGCGAUUCAUCAGUGUUGAUGGGUUUGACAAACCACUUCCACUGGAGAUUGCUCUGCACUUUCUUGCCAAUAAAGGGCCCAAGGUCAAGGAAAUUAUCGAGCUUCUGGACUGGAAGGUGGAGGCUGAUCGCUACUUUAUGGUGCUAGAGCGGCCCAUACCCUGCGUGUGCUUGCAUGAUUUCAUAAAUAAGCACAUAGGCAUCCUUCCAGAGGACAAGUUACGGAAAAUCAUGUUCCAGACAACAGUUGCAGCCCAAACAUGCUGCCAGCGUGGAGUUCUUCACCGCGAUAUCAAGCUGGAGAACUUGCUGAUUAACCCGGACACCCUUGAGGUCAAACUGAUUGACUUCGGGUGCGGGGACCUCUUCACUGAAGACAUUUACGAAGAAUUUAGAGGCACCAGAGAGUUCGCCCCUCCUGAGUUUUGGGUGCAUCGCAAAUACCGCGGGGAACCAGCGACAGUCUGGUCACUUGGAAUUGUUCUGUUCUUGCUCAUUUUCUGCAGAUUUCCAGGAAAAAGUGACAUCCCCAAAAUGAAUGACAAACACAUGCCGAUUCAUGGCUUGUCGAAAGAAUGCUGCGAUUUCUUUCACGGCUGUCUGCAGCUGAAGCACACGAGUCGACUUGAACUGCAAAAACUCACUUCCCAUGAAUGGUUUAAGGUAUCGAAUACAUUUCGAAAUCAGCCAUCUUACACUGACAUAAGCUGGGUUUCCAUCUUAAUGUGAUGUUAAU